AUGUCUCGCCAUCACCCUGAUCUGGUCAUGUGUCGCAAGACCGCCGGUAUCUCAAUCGGCCGUCUCUGCGACAAAUGCGACGGCAAAUGCCCCGUAUGCGACAGUUACGUCCGUCCCACAACCCUAGUCCGCAUCUGCGACGAAUGCUCUUUCGGAAACUACCAGAACAAGUGUGUUGUCUGCGGUGGCGAGGGAAUCUCGGAUGCCUUUUACUGCUUCGAAUGCACGCGUCUGGAAAAGGACAGAGACGGCUGCCCCAAGAUUAUAAAUCUGGGUAGUUCGAGGACAGACUUGUUCUACCAGAAAAAGAACUUUAGGAAUCAUUAG